AUGUCUUUGCGUGGGCCCAUGCGGCGGUCGCACUUGAGGCAAGUGAGCGCGGCGAGCUUGGAGAGCAGCUCCACCCACUCACUGGAGACCUCGAACCAUGGCCACGACCACGACCAAGCUACAGAUGACCGGACCGUCAGGCUAUCCUCGGCAAGCUGGACACGACAUCAAUGCACGCUUUGGGUGCAUGAUGAGACGUUUUCACGUGAAGAAAUUUUGUUGAAUCCAACGGCUUUCGGCGAAACUGAGGUGCAAGUUGGUGACGUUGUCGAGAUCCUGCCUAUGCGGGUAUCUGGCGAUACUGGUUAUUCUACCUUAAAGCCCGAUGCGGCGUCGAAGGCUGGUCGCGAGAGUCAUGCCGAACUCAACUCGGCGUCUCAAGCGGAUAACACCUCGAAAUUCAAGACUCCACUUCAAAACCGCUGUCUAUUUGUGGUGAAGGCCUUACCACCAGAAACCAAGGCUCGGAACCCUCAAUUAGAAAUUUCAGUGACAAACAACAUUGCCAACAUAUUUGGUUUCAAAAAUAGAACACAGGUUCUAUUGUCGAUUGUGGAUCGAGAGCAAUGUGCGGCAUCUCAUGUCGACAUCGCCUUUCGCGAUCAAUACAUGGUCCGAUCGGACAUGUGGAGACUAGUCAUGUCGGAAUUAUCAGAUAAAAUCAUAUACAAAGGACAAAAGAUCAUGUUUAUGGGGAGCAUCAAAGCCACUGUCAAGAACAUCUUUAUCCGAGAGAAGAAAUGCCUUUCGGGAUAUUUCUCGCCAAAAACGAUCCCUAUUUUCCGAAGCGAGUCCGCCAAAUAUGUCCUAUUCAUCCAAAUGUCGAAAGAAAUGUGGAACUUCGACGCGGAGGGAACUGGUGACAUCCUCUUCAGUCGGGUUAUCAAUGGUUUCCUACCGGAGCUCUUCAAGAGAUGGGCUAGUUCGGAUGCAAAACAUUUGGUGACCAUUGUGCUGUUCACCCGAGUCGAGUAUGAUAGGCCCACCCAUUCAAGUCAACCUAAAUUUAGUGCUGGGAACUUCAACAGCAAGUCUGGGCCGAACAAAGUUCCGACUCGAGAUUUCUACCGUGUGGUAGUAAAUGAUAUGGCAAGUGGCUAUUGGACAACCAUCCUAGACGAACUCAAAAGGGAAUUCAGGACCUUUUUGCGAGAUGUGUCAAUCUUGAAACUGGACGACAUUGAUGCUGUAUCUAGCAGUGGUAUCAAGAGCUCUUCCAAGCCAAAUAUAGCCACCAUUGCCGGACACCCAAGUUCGGCUCUACGAGGAAACAUCCUAGAGGCCAUUCAUCUCGCCUCUGCUCACCUGGCUUUCGAUCAUAUCGAUCGAGACAUGGUCCACACUGGUACCUCGAUCAUUGUCAUCACCCCUGGUAGCGGCGUUUUCGAGGUCUCUUACGAAUCCUUAGCUUCUACAACAGAAGCCCUUGCGAACCGAGGCAUAGCGAUUGACUUGGUCUGUUUGAGUCCGAUGCCUCUUCAUUCUGUCCCACUCUUCAAAUACCGGGAGCCAGUGGAACAUCCUGGGGAUUCGGGAGGGCCUGGAUCCAGCAGAGUUAACAGGGACAUGAUGUCUUCUGACAUCCAUCAUUCCCUUUCCAGCAUUGUGAGCAGAUCAUCAUAUCUUUCUCCAAGCUCAUACCUGUCUGCAACUAGAAUGAGGGAACGGGCAACACCUCAAGCCAAAGACUGGAGCUUUGGUAUUCCUCAUUGGCUUGACAUCUCCUAUUGGAACCCUGAAACAUACCGAGAGGCCCGGCGAAUCUUGAAAAAGGACCCCAAUGCGCCCAUCUCUCUUACUGUCACUCGGCCUUCAAAGGCGUUCACGCCACGAGUGCGUAUGUAUGAGAUCCAAAUGAUGGGGGUCAUGGAAAGUGAACAAGCAAACAUCACAAUCCCUUACCUUACUGAAGGCCGCGGUGUAACAAGACCAGGUGGAUCUUGGCCCGGUUACAGUUCAAGUGGUCGUGCUCCUCCUAAAACCCGUUUCGCGAAUCCUUCAUCUUUCAAAGGGCAACUUAGCGAUAGUCUCCGCCCGGGAUCCUUUAUUCAAAACGCGGCCGGCCAAAAUGAGUCGAAAACUCAAGAUACGCAGAGUUCACGCAAGGCAGUGAUGUCUUGGAUGGACCAAUACGAUGAAAACAUUUUCACCGUCUCUCCGAAACGACGCCAGGCCACCAAAGCGCUCAAGGCAAAGCGACCCAGUGAAUCAGAAGUCCAGGCUGCUGGGGGCGGAGUGCAUGAACGGUUAUCUGCUCGCUCCAUCACGCGCCUCCGCCAUCAUGAAACGAAUCCAGCGGACGAGAAUGAUUCUCUGCACUCUGGGCCUCGAAGAAUUGACUCGAAUAUGACCACACCAAGAAGCCCAAGCUCGGGCAAUAGCAUGUCCCCCAUCAAACCAGCGUUAAAAAAGGCGCCAGCGCCAAUGGCCUCACGGAUUUCCCGGACGAUUAGCUUUGCGCUUCGAGGCUUAAGCGCUACUCCACCUAGAGCCGUGGCAAGCACAGGGGUCAAUGUGGAACAUGCCAGUGCCAUGCCCAUGACAAACCAAAGAACUCCUGCCGCAUCAAUUUCCGAUGCAAGGAGCAUUACUUCUUUAAGCCCGUCAGAGACAGCAUCGACUACGUCAGUCUUCGAGAUACUUUCGCCGUCGUCAACACCCUCCAAGCCUUCCCAGACUCCCGCUAAGCCGAUCUCCAUCAAAAUGCCCCCAAAAAUCCAUCAAAGGAAUCCGAAACGCCAGAGCAGUCCGCGUGAGCUACAUAUGCGCAACUCCCCAAGCAAAGCCUUGUCUCCAUGGGUCCGAUCUGUCAAUCCAUGCAAUACCCCUAAAGAUGUGCUGCGGGAUACUAGUUGGUUUGGCCGUUGGCAACAUGCGUAUCCUCGCCCUCCACAUGUGGCGGUCGUAAAGUGGAAGAGCUUAAAGUCUCCUGCAGUGCUUCCAUUGACGACGGAGGAAUUCCCAACAGCCAGUGAGCUUGCUUCGGACUAUCUACAGACACCAUAUCGUGUCUUUCCAAAUGAAGAUUCUGAAGGCAUUGACGCACCAAAGACACGCGGAGUACUUCUACGAGAAAUGAUCUCGCUACGGCUUUCUCAUGGCUUCCAAAUCAUCAUUGGAAAGCAUGUAGCCGAAGUUUCCGCGCAGCCCGGCCUUGAAUCCUUGAACGUCUUCGACUUCCGAGGUCUAGAGCGCGAUGGGCUCACAUUGUUUCUAUCCAAGGGCAACACGAUCCACCGCCUUGUCUGCAUCCAAGGGGGAGAAGUUGAAGUGACCCGCUUUACGCAUCAAAACUCUGCGGUAAUCACUUCUCCCAAGAAGCCUACCUUUACUCUAUAUCAACCGGCGAUGAAAACAAUAUUGAGCGCCGAAUAUGAAGUGAAGAAUAUCAAGCUGGAUCCAACUUCCGAAGAAUACAACUGGAACUAUGCCGAUAAUUAUGUGGCUGGUCAUCGAGAUUAUCUCCAAAACCCGGCCCAGCAGCUGCAUUUCUGGCGAGUCCGUUACGUCUUGAUUCCGCUCCAACUCCAUGCCAAUUCUCGGCGAAAUUUGCAGACUUCCCAUGAGGAUAAUGAGGAAGAAAUUCAUUUGCUUGGGAUCAGCCAACUAACCCAUAUCUGGCAACGGUACAAAUACGUUUCGCCCGAGGAAAAGCUUUUCGAGAAGUCGAAUCCUAAGCGAGAUCAGAAUCCUUUGAACAUCAUGUACCAAACGCGCAAUCCAUCUGAGAUUGUUACAGCAGAGCUGGACCGUUUGCUGCUUACAGAUCCAGGGCUCGACAAUGCCCCUGCUCAGCUCCUACCCGAGUCAGAACUGUUGGACAGAUCCAGCAUCAGUCUUAUGUCAUUAGCGCAAAUUAUCCAAGGCGAAAAGGGUGUCCGGAUGAUGGACCGACGGUGGCAUUGGAGGUUGCACUACAAUUGCUUUAUCGGAUUUGAAUUCACAACCUGGCUGUUGCAAAACAUACGUGAUAUCGAUACCCGUGAACAAGCAGUCAAAUUUGGCAACGAGUUAAUCGAUCAUGGGUUGUUCCAACACGUGGAGAAGAGACACAAUUUCCGAGAUGGCAACUAUUUCUAUCAAGUCUGUGCCGAUUAUCGUGUCACUCGCCCAGAGUCCCGGGGAAGCUGGUUCCCUCAACUGAGACCAGACAAAUCGAUGCCAUCAACACCCGCCAUUGGGACUGCCAAGGACUCUCCCGCCAGUCUCAAAGCUCGAUCAGACAGCAUCGACGAGCGUAUACCACAAACCCCCAACACUCCCUCCAAAGCGAAGAACAAGGUCGCAAUCAUGCUGUCCAAAUCUAUGAAAUUCGAUGUUGAUCCACGCAAGCGAUCGAAUCGGCCGGAAGUGAUUGAUCUCCACUGGGACCGACUACAUAACCCCGAGAAUUGCUUCCAUAUCGAACUCAGCUGGAUGAGCACAACUCCCAAGUUGAUUGAAGAUACCGUGCUUUCUUGGGCCUCGACUGCCGACAAAUUCGGGCUGAAAUUAGUACAGGUGCCGAUCGCCGAAGCAUGUGCUAUCGACAAGACGCAGCCAUUCCGGAAACCCUACAAAAUCAAACUCAAGGUCCCGCCACCCAAGGGACCACUGCACACAGUGUUCAACAAUGCGUCGUUUGCGCAACCUGGUCCGCCGGAUCGCCUGUACUACCAGAAAGCCAUAUUACGGAAGUUUGAUUUUGUACUGGACUUCGAAGCCGCCUCUGCAUUCCCCGCAGACGUUGAAGUAUCCUACUCCUGGGGAAAGCCCGAUUACAUUUACCCGCAAUUUAUCCACCGAACUGGAAGCAUUCUCGCGCAGAUCACCGACGAGGGCGAUUUCCUCCUCCUUGCCAAUCGGCUGGUGAGUACCCGCAGCGCCGUGACUCGAGACGUAGGCCGUUUUGAGAGCCACAAUCGGUCCGACUUCCGGGGCCGUGCGGCAAAUCACGACGGGCUUGACCGUGUCUCACCCCGGCUUUCUCCAAUUGCCCGGCCCGUUCAUGACAUUGGCAGUAUCGGCAGCCCACUUACCCCAUCCGGAUCAGCAAGCAUCGACUCGGCGAACCUAUACCGCGCACCGGAAAACGUUCUUAACGCCCUAGCCGAGUUCUGCGGCGAUGCAGUCCAACUAGAACAGUUCUACUCGGAGUCACAUGCUCGGCCGUCAUCUACGAAGGUGGAAUCGACUACCACAAAUGUAAUGGAUGCAUCGAUCCCGUCGCUUGAGCUUCCUGCGAGCGUAGUCAGUCAUCACAUAUCACCGCCGCCAGGAUUACCAUCCCGGAUCACCCGUGAGUCGCGUGAGGGACUGAUGUCACCGGAAGUUACACGGGCCAGGGCUCGAGGGGAAAGUCUCAGCUACAAUGCAAGCCCUAGGAGUGGCAGCUUACGACCCUUGAUCUAA